GCCAUUCACUCCGCUCUCCAAAAGCCCAAGGAAGGGAGGAACAUAAUCGAUUCUGGAGCCCUUACGCCUCGACCCACUGGCCACCACCGCGCGUCCAGCCGCCGGCUAGAUCCUCUCACCGGCUGAGGUGGAGGGCAAUUGAUGGAGACGUCAAAUGAAAAUUUGCAGCAUGUAACCAUUUCUUCCAAUGAUAAUGACCAUCAGAACAAUGAUAGUGUGGCUAGUGUCUUGAAUCACAGAGGUGCCGAAUCAGAGCAUAUGUCAAGGGAAGAAAUUAAACACAUAUUAGAAGUUAUUGCAUCCACUGGGAGAUUCUGGCAUGACUGGGAUAAGUUGAAGAGCAUGCUAUCGAUUCAGCUGAAGCAGGUAUUGUCAGACUACCCUGAAGCAAAAUUGACAAGUGAGCAGCAAUAUGCUUCUUUAGGAGAGUCCUACUCUGAUCUAGUGGACAGAUUGAAUGAAGCUCUUCUUUCAUUUUAUGAAGGCCCUCCAUUUACAUUGCAGAGGUUGUGUGAGAUCCUAUUGGAUGCACAAAAUAUUUACCCAAAUCUCUCGAAGCUUGCCUUAGCCCUUGAGAAGAACUUGUUGGUUACAUCUACAUUGACUAUCUGCACCGACCCAUAUCCGCAAACAACUGUGCACGAGUCAGGUGAAUCAGAGAAAGCAGUUGAAAAGCAGAAUGAGGAAUGUAAUAUUACAGAGAAUGGCAUUGAGCCUCUGGCUGCUGACAAGGAUGUAGUCAUGACUGAGGCUGAUAUCAAUGAUGAAAUGACCAUUGACAUGGAAGCUUUUCAAGAUAUGGUUAAACCAUCAGAAACAAAUUCUGAACCGAGCGCUAAUGCGUAACCAUCGGUGGUUGAUGUGAGUCUGAGAAAGCCAAUGACUCUGAUAUGAUCCUAGAUUCCGAUGUCCUCAUUGAUGAUUUGUGGGAUUUUAUGUUCUAUGGGGGGCAAUGUUGAUCAUGGUCGUCAUAGAGUACUUAGACAACAGGUUUGGGAAUCCUUAUGUCCUCCAAGCUCAAAAUUAUACCUUUUCCCUCACGAAGUAUUAACUAAGUUUUUGCCUUAAAUGUCCUGAAUGCCAAGCUCGUAUUUGUUGCAUGAUAUGAAUUUUGUGAUUGAAGCCAUGAUACAUAAUUUGCUGCAGAAUAUUAGCAUUUCUGAAAUCCUGAAAUGGUGCUAUGAUUUAGUUGUUUAAAA